AUGGACGAAGAAGAAGCGGGUACCGCUGCAGCUGUUGAAGAGGCGGAGCAGGAGGCGAGCGACUCCUCAGAGCUGCCAAUCACACGGCGGCUGAGCCAGAAGCGAUCCCGCCAGCGACUGGAUGACGACAGCGACGACGAGCCAUCUACUGCAGCGGCCGUGGCAGCAAGCUACCCUGCAAACAAGCGGGCCCGUAGAACCCGCAACCCUACCGAGAAGAUGGCAGAGAGCCUCCAGCAAGCUACACAGCUCAGGUGCGUGGUCCUCAACUAG